GUAACAUUUUCAAGUUCAUUCUUUGAAAGUGAUUUUAAGAUGGUCGGUUUUAAAGUUUGUUUACUCUUGGUUUUAGUUUCCUCAGCCUUGUCUUCUCCAGUAGCUUCAGCUACUGAGGAAAAGACCACUGACUUUGAAGAUGAUCCUAUUGGUUAUGUAGAGGAGAGUAUCGCAAGCUUUUUGGACAAUAUUCUUGGUCAAGACAACUUAAAAGUAGGUGAUGAUGUUGAAAUUCACAACAACGGAGCAGAAGUUGAUGAAACUGAACAAAGAAGCUUAGACUACGAAGAUAAAAUUGAAAAGUAUAUAAAAACUCACGACGCUUCUUUUAAACUUCCUAUCAUUGGAACUGUUACGCUUAAUACUAAAAACCUUGACAAUGAUGAAGUAAGUUUAAAUAUUAAAUACGGUGAAACUGGAGUUGAAGAAGCUAGAAAAUCCAAAGUUAAAAAAAUCCUCACCCCAAUCUUAACCUUCUUUCUUCUGAAAGCGAUGACCGUAGUACCUCUAGUGAUUGGAGUUCUUCUAUACAAAGCCUGGAACUCACUGCAGCUAUCUGUCAUCUCAUUUGUCAUUUCAUCUGCAUUAGCCAUUUUCCAAUUGUGCAGGAAAAUUGCCGAAAAUAAUGCACAAGCGCAAAUUGCAGCUCAUGGUCCUUGGGACGAACAUGCUGUUAAACAUGCAAGAAAUUUCGAAGACGAUGAUGCCCAAAAUUUGGCUUAUUCAGCCUAUAGAAAAUAAAUACAUGUGGUAUUGUAAUUUAUUUAUGUAUUUAUUUUUUCUAGUCAAUAAAUUAGAAACAAAUGGUAA